AUGAAUCCAUUCAAAUGUAAGGAAAAAAAUUGUGACAAAAGAUUCGCUAAUGAAUAUCUACUGAAUGCACACAAACGCAAUCAUUCGGGAGAAAAACCAUUUGUCUGUGAUUUUAACGGAUGUAAUGCAAGCUUUAAAAGAGUUUCACAUUUAUCUCAACACAAAAAAAACUGCGGCAAAAAAUUUAUAUCAAAUGCAAAACUCAAUGAACACAAACUCUUGCAUUCGGGCGAAAGACCAUUUGAUUGUGGCGGAAGUUAUGCCAGCAAUAGAUAUCUUCAAAGACAUGUCAGAGAAUGUCAUAAAAAAUAA